AAUAUAACAUCACCUGCAAACUUCUUCGAUCUCCCUGCAAGACGGCUCAUUUGGCUCAUAACGGAAGAUUCUGCAGAAGCCACACAAAAAAAACAUAGAAAUGGUUCUCAUGAUACUACCCAUUAUCGGCUCAGUCUCUGUGUCUGAGGGGCUGGUGGUCAUGGUAACACUAUGCCUGGUGUACAUGAUCAUGAAGUACAUGCACACAGAGAUCCCAGAGGGACUGAAACGGCUCCCAGGACCAAAGCCCCUGCCCAUCAUCGGGAAUGUGCUGGAGGUGCACAACAACCCUCACCUCAGCCUGACUGCCAUGAGUGAGCGCUACGGCUCAGUCUUCCAGAUCCAGAUAGGGAUGCGGCCUGUGGUUGUUCUGAGUGGCAGCGAGACAGUCCGCCAGGCUCUUAUCAAGCAAGGGGAAGACUUCGCCGGGAGGCCCGAUCUAUACAGCUUCAAAUUCAUCAACGACGGCAAGAGCUUGGCCUUUAGCACCGACAAGGCUGGGGUGUGGCGCGCCCGCCGCAAGCUAGCUAUGAGCGCCCUCCGCUCUUUCGCUACGCUGGAGGGAUCGACCCCAGAGUACUCCUGUGCCCUGGAGGAGCACGUCUGCAAGGAGGGAGAGUACCUGGUAAAACAGCUGACCUCCGUCAUGGAUGUCAGUGGCAGCUUUGACCCCUUCCGCCAUAUUGUUGUAUCGGUGGCCAACGUCAUCUGUGGAAUGUGCUUCGGCCGGCGCUACAGCCAUGAUGACCAGGAGCUGUUGGGCUUGGUGAACUUGAGUGAUGAGUUUGGGCAGGUGGUGGGCAGCGGCAACCCUGCAGACUUCAUUCCCAUCCUUCGUUACCUACCCAACCGCACCAUGAAGAGGUUUAUGGAUAUCAAUGACCGUUUCAACACCUUUGUGCAGAAGAUUGUCAGUGAGCACUAUGAAAGCUAUGACAAGGACAACAUCCGUGACAUCACUGACUCCCUCAUUGACCACUGUGAGGACAGGAAACUAGAUGAGAACGCCAACGUCCAGGUGUCUGAUGAGAAGAUUGUGGGCAUUGUCAAUGAUCUGUUUGGGGCAGGUUUUGACACCAUCAGCACAGCUCUGUCUUGGGCUGUUGUGUACCUUGUGGCUUACCCAGAGAUCCAGGAAAGACUGCAUCAGGAACUGAAGGAAAAGGUGGGAAUGACUCGUACUCCCCGUCUCUCAGACAAAACCAAUUUACCACUGCUGGAAGCCUUCAUCCUGGAGAUCUUCCGGCACUCUUCCUUCCUGCCGUUCACCAUCCCACACUGCACAGUCAAGGAUACAUCCCUCAAUGGCUACUAUUCCCAAGGACACCUGUGUCUUCAUCAACCAGUGGCAGGUCAACCAUGACCCGGAGCUGUGGAAGGAGCCUUCUUCAUUCAACCCUACCGUUUCCUGAGUGCUGAUGGCACAGAACUCAACAAGCUGGAGGGGGAGAAGGUGCUCGUAUUCGGCAUGGGCAAGCGCCGCUGCAUCGGUGAGGCCAUCGGACGCAAUGAGGUCUACCUCUUCUUGGCCAUCUUGCUCCAAAGGCUGUGCUUCCAGGAGAAACCUGGGCACCCGCUGGACAUGACCCCAGAGUACGGCCUCACCAUGAAGCACAAGCGCUGUCAGCUGAAGGCUAGCCUGCGGCCAUGGGGGCAGGAGGAGUGAGGGCCAUGGUCACAUUUAUGAUUCUUAAAAUCACUAUAACUGAUUUAUAGUUAGCCCUACAUACUUGAUGGCAUGAGCUGAGUUCAGAUAUAAAAGCCAGAGGGUACAUUUUCUCUCGAGGAAAGACUGGGCUUGACACCUCUCUUGAUUCAUAGGAGAAUUAACAGUGAGGGAAAACUGAGUCAAAUUGUAGACAAUUUGAAAUCAAUAAAAUUACAAUCUGAAACAC